GGGCCGCACGGGGCAGAGGCCGCGCGGGGUCUGAAACUGGGGCGAGCCGGGGGCGGAAGGCUGGCGCCCGGACUGCGGCCACCUCCCGCCUCGGCCGCGGCUUCCCCCGGGCCCCUGCCUAGUCCAGGCUCCCCACCUCGGCUCCUGGCUCUGGGGGACUCUCCUCCGUUGUCCCCUGUUCCUCUCGCUGGACCACGCCGGUCACGGGACUGCGGGACCGGCUAGGCCGGGAUAGAGUCGGUUACUGCGAACUGAGACUUCUCAGUAGUGCAAAGUUUGAGUGAAGGCUUGUGAAUGGCCUCCCAGCCAUCCACGCACACCUUGAACCUUUUUUUUUUUCUUUUAAAAAAUCUGAUAACCGAAGUUACUAGGUUGAAGGGAAAUAGGGAAUUAUGUUUUAAGUGUGCAUCUAGUUCCAAAUAGGUUCUAACCUAGUAAGGUGUUAAGUCACUGUAAGUCAUAUAUAUUGUAUGAAAUUUGAAAAGUGUGGCGAUUCAGGACUAACAUUUUGAGAAAGUUUUUAGGGGUGAUACGGAUAAAACGUUUUAAAAUAGAAGUGAAUGUAUUAUAUUUAGCGCAGUUGGCCACUUCAGUUAUGGAAAGACCAAAAACAACUUGAAACUGGUUUUCAUGCUGGGCUGAAGAAAUGUUAAGCUUAGUGAAGACUUUAGAAAGCGCCUUGCUUUACAUACAUGAAUGUGCUAAAAUAAUGGUAUGCAAAACGUCUUUUGUAAAAUAUGAAAUUCUGACCAAGGGUUCUAAAAUUGGGCUGCAUGUAUAGGCUUUAGGUGACCUGUGAACUUGGAUGUAAAGAAAGGUACCAGGAAUUUUCACUCAACUUGAACCAAAAUCUGUCUUCUUCAGUUAUGAAUAUAAGUAGUAAAUCACAGUAGUGUUUGUGACUUUGUCAUUGUAGAAAUCACAAUUAUUUUCACAUCACAUUAGUUGUUGCAGAUACCUAGAAAUAGUGUUUGCUUAUUUCUUCAAGAUUACAGUAAUUAUUAUACAUCACUGAACUUGUUACUAAGUACAGUAGAGAAGUACAUAAAAACGUGUCACAAGUUUACUUUUUAUAACUGUUACUAGUUUCCUUGUAAAUCCUAUUGUGUUUAAUGAUAUUCAAAGAAGAGGUCCAGAGGCUUCAGCAAAUCUCAAAAGAGGUGUAAGGCACAGAGAAGACUCAGUAUUCCUGAUGUGACAGAGCAGCACUCCUGGCUUGACCACCUUCUCAAAACUAUAGUGACACUGAAACUGAAGGAGAGAUUUUUAAUUCCUUGGUGCAAUAUUUGGGUGAUAAUUUGGGGCGAAAAGUUACAGCUAUGCCAUUGGUUGAAGAAACUUCUUUACUUGGAGAUUCAUCAGUGACUUUGCCUGUGGUAGUAAUAGGAAAUGGACCCUCAGGAAUCUGCCUUUCUUACAUGCUUUCGGGUUACAGACCAUAUUUAUCAUCAGAAGCAAUACAUCCAAAUGCAAUCUUACAUGGUAAAUUAGAAGAAGCAAGACAUCUUUCCAUUGUUGAUCAGGACUUGGAAUAUUUGUCUGAGGGCCUUGAGGGUCGAUCCUCCAAUCCCGUUGCUGUGCUUUUUGACACACUUCUUCAUCCAGAUGCUGACUUUGGAUAUGAUUAUCCAUCCGUUUUGCAUUGGAAAUUAGAACAACAUCAUUAUAUCCCCCACUUAGUCCUCGGUAAAGGCCCACCUGGUGGAGCGUGGCACAAUAUGGAAGGCUCCAUGUUGACAAUCAGCUUUGGAAACUGGAUGGAGCUCCCUGGACUUAAAUUUAAAGAUUGGGUGUCUAGCAAACGAAGGAACAUAAAAGGGGAUCGAGUUAUGCCAGAGGAAAUAGCUCACUACUAUAAACACUACGUAAAAGUCAUGGGUCUUCAGAAGAAUUUCAGAGAGAAUACUUAUAUUACAUCUGUAUCAAGACUCUACAGAGAUCAAAUUGAUAAUGAUGGUCAAGACAGAGAUAUUUCAACACAGCCUUUACAGAUAGAGAAGUCAAAAUUUAUCAAGAGAAACUGGGAAAUCAGGGGUUAUCAGCGAACAGCCGAUGGUUCCCCUGUUCCCUUCUGUCUCUUUGCUGAAAAUGUAGCGCUGGCAACUGGAUCGUUGGAUUCUCCUGGCCGUCUGGAAAUUGAAGGGGAAGAUUUUCCUUUUGUGUUUCAUUCAAUGCCUGAAUUUGGAGCUGCUAUAAGCAAAGGAAAGUUGCGUGGGAAAGUGGACCCAGUGCUGAUUGUGGGUUCUGGGCUGACUGCAGCUGAUGCAGUGCUCUGUGCUUACAAUAAUAAUGUCCCUGUGAUUCAUGUAUUUCGUAGAAGAGUAACUGAUCCAAGCUUAAUUUUCAAACAGCUUCCCAAAAAGCUUUAUCCAGAGUACCAUAAAGUCUAUCAUAUGAUGUGUACUCAGUCGUAUUCCUUACACUCACGUCUGUUACCUGAUUAUACCAGUUUUCCUGAGCACCAUGUGCUUUCCUUUAAGUCGGACCUGAAAUGCAUUCUUCAAAGCAUCUCUGGAUUGAAGAAAAUAUUUAAGCUCUCUGCAGCAGUAGUGUUGAUAGGUUCUCAUCCCAAUCUUUCUUUUCUGAAGGAGCAAGGGUGUUACCUGGGCCACAACUCAAGCCAGCCAAUCACAUGUAAGGGUAAUCCUGUGGAAAUAGAUGCAUAUACCUACGAGUGCGUUAAAGAAGCCAACCUUUUUGCAUUGGGUCCUUUGGUUGGAGACAAUUUUGUUCGAUUUUUAAAGGGAGGAGCAUUGGGUGUUACACGCUGUUUAGCUACAAGACAGAAGAAAAAGCAGCAUUUGUUUGUUGAAAGAGGAGGAGGAGAUGGGAUAGCUUAAAGCAAGUUUACAAAUGAUUUAUAUGGACACUUUACCAUUAAAAAUUUUUAAUAGUGGUUUUACAGUGCACUGGCUUGAAUUUUCUGAACUUGAAUUAACUGGGAGAGAGCCUCAAGGUAUAGUGACUAUUUUUUAAAGUUACCAGAACUUGGUGUCCUGAUUUACAUUUGUAAUGUAUCAAAGGUGUCGCUGUCAGACAAACAGAAACACUGCCAAUUUGGUGUACCUUAAUGUCUCACUUAACUAAAACAUUGUUUUCUUCUAACUUAUUUUUUGUAAUCAUUUUUUGGUUAUUUAUGCUUGAUUCCAAAAUAUUACAGCAUUGAAUCUAUAAAACCACAGUCAUCAGGCCAGAAAUUGUCCUCAUUAUAUGCUGGGCCACCUUGCUGCUCAGAAGAUGGCCCAUUUAUAGCUGUUAGAAAGGUAGACCCUCAGGCCCCACAACAGAUGUACUGAAUCAGAAACUGCAUCUUACUAACAUCCUCAAGGAAUAUGUAUGCUUAUUAAAGUUUGAGACACACUGGUCUGAAGCAAAUGGGAUGUGAAGGUAUGUAUGCUGAGAGUGGGGUGGGAACAGGAGGCGUAUACAACUCAGGUUUUAUUUAUUUUGAAAUUAUCAAUUAUAUAAAAUCUAAUUUAUUAGCAAAUAUGAUGGCCUUUGAAGAUUUUUUUAUUGUUGAAGCCUCAACAUAUUCUCAGCUUCUAAUUUAAACAGUCCAAUAAUGUUGGCAUAUCCUUAGAUAUCCAGGAACCUGCCACGAUACUUCUUGGAGAUGCAUUCUCUAUUUAACUAGCAUAACACUUCAACUAAUUUGCAGUUCAAUAAAUUUUGAAUAGAACUACUUAUUUCUAUGUGAACACUGAGUUAAUGUCUGUCACUGAAACUUAAGCUAUUUGGGUAAAAGUACUUACAAUAUUGGAAUACUAUUUGAGUACUACCAGAAUUAUUAAAGCUUAAAAUUGUGAAAAGGUUUAAACCUGUCUUUUCCAUUCCCAAGAUGAUUACUUUGAAAUUUGUUCAUUUGAGAUGACAUAGCAUUUAAUCCUAUGGUUAUUUAUUGAAGUAUAUGCUCUAUUGUGGUUUUUAUUGACAUAUGCUCAAUGUCUGUAUUUUUCAUACAAAACCCCAGAAAUUUACUGUUAGACAGGAAAAAAAAAAAAAAAAAAAGAAAAAGCUGCUUCUGAAGUUCUCCAUGGCAGAUUGAAUUUCUUAGUCUUUUUCUCUCGGCAAAAUUUACUUCAUCUGGAAUGUGUUUAGUGAAAGUCUCUAUAUUUUUUCUUAGUAUUAAAAAGAAUGGACUAAAAAACGUCAGUAUUUUUCUGUCCAUGUUUGCAGUGUUAAUGCUUACACUGAAUCGUAAUUCACUUUAAAAUAUAAUUAUUUGGAAUAGACUUGUACAACUAGCUGUUGCAGAUGAAUUCUUCUACUCUUGAUAACUCUUGUCAUGUUCUGAUUACCUUGAUUGGAGAAAUGACAUACUGUUUUUAUGAUGAUAACUUUUUAAAUUAAUUUCACACCUACUGAAAUAGUGUAAUAUCCUGUGACUGCAUUGAGCACUUCCUUGUUUGCCUGUUCUUUUGAGCUCUGAAUGAGUUGGAGUGGAUGUAUUUCUUAAUAUCACUUCUAAAUUGAAAAUGAUACUUAUAACAAUGGUUUCUAUGGAAGGAUAAGAAAUGUAGACAUACUCUUGUUUCUCAAAGGCUUGUUUUUACCCAACCAAUAGCAUUUUUGUGAUGAAAGCCAAAAAAAGAAAAGAAAAAGAAGAAAGGAAAAAAAGACUUCAUGGGAAAUAAAGCUUCACUAGGGCCCUACGUAAAGCUGGUGAAUAAUUUCAUUUCUAGUAAAACCUCCCAUUUCUCAAUUCUCCCUCAAACCUAAGCUGCCCUGUGUUGCAUGCAACAUUAAAGCCUUUUGUAAUACA